AUGUCCAUCAUUUGGAAACCUCGUCCGCCAUCCUUUCCACCCAACGAUCGGAUCCCUUACACCGCCGCUGAAGUCAAUGAAUUCGAUAACAUCGAGGAUCUCAACAUCAGAUACAAUGAGGAGAUCACAGAACCGAAAGAGACAUUUGAAUACUAUUACGAUCAGAGGUCACCCCUAGAAGCCGGAGAUUCGGUGGCUUUGAGACAAAAGCAAAGGAAUCCUAUGGUGUCCACAGGUGUCAGAUCUAAUGACGAGGAAUCCAAUGCUGACAAUCAGUCAAGAAAUGUCAGAUUUUCUGCUUUUAGGGCACAGGAAGGCAUUGAUAACGAUGUGUUUGAUCCCGAAGAGGGAGUGGUUCUCAGGAGGAAAACUAAUAGUAAUAAUGAUCACGACUUGAAUAAAGAUUUUGAUUUCGAUUUUGAGGACAUUAAUCUAAAUAAUGAAGAGGAAGAGAAGCCGUGGGAUGUGUUUAAGACACUUCCACCGCCUGAUGCGGACGAGACACUGGACGGCGCUUGGGUUGAGUUCUUCGUGAAAUGCGCCAAAAUAUUCACAUAUUUCCUGACAUUUGUUGUGACACUUAUGUCUGCAGUUCUCUCCAAAUCACUCAUACUUUUGAUGACAUCCAUGAUUCGCGUGAACCAAACGGUUCCCAUUUGUAGUGAUCACUACUUUGACAUCGAACCAGAACUCGACAUUAAGAACCGCUAUAAUGUCAUCUACGAAGCCACAGAUCCGACAAGAAUUGCGUGGAUUUGUGUCACUUAUAUCUGCUAUGCAUUCGCCAAGUUUGCCUGUAAGAUACAUAUUCAGGCAUUUAGUUUCGCAGUACCCGUCAACUUAGCCGUUCCCAUCACCAUAUCCUUCCUGUGGGUUAUGAUUGAGAUGGCGGCUGAAGACAAGUGUGCGAUCUGUGAAGGCUUUCACGGCUUUCAAUACAUCUAUUGGUUUACACGAGAGAGCAAUGCAUUGGAUUAUUACAAGGAUUGGUACAACUUUUUGAUGCCAAUUGUAUGGUUCCUAUCGUUGGCCUCACAGAUAGUCAUAGCGAUCCACAUGUGGUCGGCCGCCAGCGCGCGACUCGCCUCAACCGAAGAGCUCUUCAUAAACCCAAUGUAUAGCUCAGUACUCGUCGACCAAUCGCUGGCAAUGAAUAGACGAAGAUUUAACUUAAAGGACGAACUAUUGGCUGACGACGAGGAGAGGGUCAAGAAGUUAGCGGAAAACGAUUUGUACGAAUCUCUCAAAGAUCCCACGCCUGAGCCCACGGCCGCACCCGACGCCCGAUCGGACGAAACGAUCCGGAUCUUUGUGUGCGCGACGAUGUGGCACGAGAGCAAGGAGGAGAUGAUCCAAAUGCUCAAAGCCGUCAUGAGGUUGGAUGAGGACCAGUGCACCCGUAAGAACGCACAGAACUUCUUCGAGCUCUCGCCGGUUAUCACCGAUUAUUAUGAGAUUGAGUUCAAUAUCUUCUUCGACGAUGCCUUCGAUCAGGGCGUCAGUGAUGACGAGGACGACCGUAAGAUCAAUAGGUUUGUGGUGCAACUCAUUGAGACCAUGGAUGAGGCGGCCAGUAAUGUCCACGAGACCAUCGUUCAGCUCAAAAAGCCAAAUCUUGUGCCCACACCCUAUGGCGGACGUCUCGAGUGGACACUUCCCGGACAGAACAAACUGAUCGCUCAUCUGAAGGAUAAGAUUCUGAUUCGUCACCGAAAGAGAUGGUCUCAGUGUAUGUACAUGUAUUGGCUGUUAGGACACAGAAUCGCUGAAUUGAAUAUCGAUGAGAGACGGAAGGAGACCAUAGCUAUGCAUACAUUCAUACUGGCCCUCGACGGAGACAUUAACUUCAGACCACAUGCUCUCCAUUUGGUGGUCGAUCUAAUGAAGAAAAACAAGAAAUUGGGCGCCGCUUGCGGUCGCAUUCACCCGAUUGGUGGCGGACCUAUGGUUUGGUAUCAGAAAUUCGAGUACGCGAUCGGCCAUUGGCUGCAAAAGGCAACGGAACACGUGUUCGGGUGUGUGCUCUGCAGUCCCGGCUGUUUCUCACUGUUUAGGGCCAGAGCUGUGAUGGACGACAGCGUUAUGCACAGGUAUACCACUAAACCCACGGAAGCUUUGCAUUACGUCCAGUAUGACCAGGGUGAGGACCGGUGGCUCUGCACUCUACUUCUGCAACAGGGAUGGCGCAUUGAAUACUGUGCCGCCUCUGACUCCUACACUCACGCACCCGAAGGUUUCGGUGAGUUCUAUACACAGCGUCGGCGUUGGGCGCCCUCAACGACGGCUAAUAUAUUGGAUCUGUUGGGUGACUACAAACACACCGUUCACUGCAAUACAGACAUAUCCAGACCCUAUAUCCUAUAUCAGGCCAUGUUAUUGGUGGGAACCGUAUUAAGUCCGGGCACUAUAUUCCUAAUGACUGUCGGCGCUAUGAAAACAGUGAUGGGAAUGAGUUCUCAAAAUUCUUUGAUCAUAAAUAUAGUCCCGGUUUUACUAUUUUCUAUCAUUUGUAUGACUGUCAAGAAGAAUGAUAUCAUAAUUUUCGUGGCAAUGAUUUUGAGCACAAUAUAUGCGCUGUUGAUGUUAGCCGUGUUGGUGGGCACAGGGCUUGAGAUCGCAGAUAAGGGACCCCUCACUCCCAACUCCAUAUUCUUCUUGGGAAUGAUGGGUAGCUUUAUUGUCGCCGCUAUUCUUCACCCGCAAGAGUUUGCGUGUGUUAUACCACUCCUGUUAUAUAUGCUACUCAUCCCCAGUAUGUAUAUGUUUCUAACCAUCUAUUCGGUGACAAACAUGCAUAUCGUUUCGUGGGGUACGCGAGAGGUUAAGUCCAAACUGACGGCUAAGGAGGCGGCGGCUCAGGCAGAGGCGGCCCGACUCGAAGCCGAGGCCAAGAGUAAGAAGAAAAGUUUGUUAGGAUUCCUGGACUUCGCUAAAUUUGGCAGCGGUUCCGGUGUAUUCACGUGUAUGUGUUGUUCCAGCAAUAGAGCCGAAGAAGAAUCGGAAAAACUAUUACAAAUCAAAGACCAGUUAACAAAACUCAACGAUAGUGUCGAUGUCUUUAAGAAUAAUUCGGAGCCAAAGGUUCGGCGGACGUCUGUAUUCCGGAGGAAAUCGUUUCAAAAUCGCGACCAAAACGACAACUUCUCUAAUCGUCUCUCUAUUCACGAGGAGGACGAAGACGAGGACGAGUCCACAAACGAGAGCUCA